AUGGCAGACUUCGCCUACCGCUCAGCUGCUCCCAUGGCUAACGAGCGGUGGCUCUCUUCACGCAGCCCCAUCUACAAUAAUCCGUUUUAUAGUGCAAGAUUCGAGACGGGAAGCACCCCGUCUCUUCCCCAAAGUGUGGCCUACGCCCAAAGUGCUACCUCCACACAUGAUAUACCGGGCAACUUUCCACCAGGAGGAGUCAGUCAGCUCGCUCGAGCGCCAGUUGAACCCUCCGUUUCUUAUCCCCCGGCACCAUGCAAUCCUCGACCAGGGCAAGGACCGUACACGAGCCCAACACCCAGCCAGGCACCCUUCAAGAGCACAUCUCCGUCAUGGGGAUGGGACCAGCAGCCGAGCUAUUCCGGAAAUGCCAGCCAGGGGCCCUACCAGGGGAGGUAUUCACCAUCGGAUUCCAUGGAUGAUUUUGGUUCCGCGAGUCUUUCGGACUACUCGCUUGAGAAUUCCAUGCCCGGAUCCGCGGCGGCGCCGAGCAGCAGGGGCGGCGGCAGCAGUAGGAUGAAUGGAGGAGGAGGCGGGGGAGGCGGCAAGCCGCGCGCUGCUGCACCGAGACGACCGUCGAACCGAGACGAGUUCGACGGCCCGCACCAGUUCCUCAAGCGGCCGCCGCCGGAGUACAUUGCGCUGCAGGAGCGGGAGCUGCCACGCCUGCCGACGCACCUCGUCGUGCAGGAGCAGGACAGCGUCCUAAACAGCGUCAACGACCGGCUGUCGCAGUGCGCCUACGAUUUUGUCGCCAAGUACCAGUUCCCGAUCCCGCUGACGCACGACAUGCGGCCCGUCGAGCGGCCGCAGGACCGCGAGUGGACCGAGUGGGUGUACCUGCUCAAGCGGCUGGCGACCAAGCGGCGGAUUCCCGCGCGCGUGCUGUACAACGGCCAGAUCAAGCAGUUUGUCACGGUGCUCGAGAACUCGCUCGAGAUGCGCCACGCCGCCAAGCACCAGUCCCGCCCGCUCAAGGAUGAUAGGAAUAUUCUGCAGCUCAUCUCGGCGGGGAUACAGGUGGCUAAGAUCUUGAUGGAUGCGCAGGCUAUGGACUAUCUCGACAGACUAUACGUUUCAACGGAGCAGCGAAUCCAGGAGCGCGUUGCGGCAGCUGCGGCGGCUUCUGCUGGCAUGAGGUUCCGUUAA